AUGGCUGAGCGAAUGUAUGUUAUAAAUCGUAGGGGUAAAGAAGAGCCAGUCUCGUUUGAUCAAAUACUGAGUAGGAUUUCGAAGUUAUCAUAUGGACUACACCCAUUGGUAGAUCCUGCAAGAGUAGCCCAGGCCGUCAUAAAUGGGAUGUAUAGCGGUAUUAAGACCUCUGAAUUAGACGAACUAGCUUCUCAAACAUGUGCAUAUAUGGCAGCUAGUCAUCCAGAUUUUUCAAAGUUAGCAGCUCGUAUAUCUAUAUCUAAUCUUCAUAAGAAUACUCAUUCGGAUAUUUUUGAAGUUGCAAAUCAAUUGAUAUCAUUUAAAGAUGUACAUGGGAAUCCAGCUCCAUUACUGUCUCAAACUGUGUAUGAAUUUAUUAUUGAGAAUAAGGAUAGAUUAAACUCAGUUAUUGAUUUUAGCCGUGAUUUUGAAUAUGACUAUUUUGCUUUUAAGACUCUAGAAAGAUCUUAUUUACUGCGAGUCGAUGAUAAGAUUGUGGAAAGGCCACAACACCUAUUAAUGAGAGUUUCCUGUGGUAUCCAUUAUGGUAAUAUAGAUGCAGCAAUUGAAACUUAUGAACUGCUCUCUCAGAAGUAUUUUACUCAUGCCACUCCGACAUUAUUCAAUGCUGGUACUCUUCGCCCACAGAUGUCCUCUUGUUUUAUUCUCAAAAUGUCAGAUGACUCAAUUGAUGGCAUUUUUGAUACACUAAAGAAAUGUGCAAAUAUAAGCAAGACUGCUGGUGGAUUAGGGGUGGCCAUUUCUAAUAUACGAGCUGCAGGAUCAUACAUCCGUGGUACUAAUGGUAGGUCUAAUGGUUUAAUUCCAAUGCUGCGUGUGUAUAAUGACACAGCACGUUAUGUUGACCAAGGUGGAGGAAAGAGGAAGGGUGCACUUGCUGUCUAUUUGGAACCUUGGCAUGCGGAUAUUUUGGAAUUUAUAGAGAUAAGGAAGAACCAUGGUAAAGAGGAGAUGAGAUGCCGUGAUAUAUUUCCAGCACUAUGGAUACCUGAUCUGUUUAUGGAGAGAGUAGAGAAGGAUGCAAACUGGACAUUAAUGUGUCCUGAUGAAUGCCCUGGGAUGCAAGAUGUCUGGGGUGACCAAUUUAAGGAAUUAUAUGAACACUAUGAAAAAGAAGGUCGCGGUAGGAAAACAAUUAAAGCACAAAGUUUGUGGUUUGCAUUACUACAGUCACAAAUUGAGACAGGUACUCCAUUUAUUUGCUAUAAGGAUGCAGCUAAUCGUAAAAGCAAUCAACAAAAUCUAGGUACGAUAAAAUCUAGCAAUCUAUGUACAGAAAUUAUGGAGUAUACUAGUUCAGAUGAAGUCGCAGUUUGUAACUUGGCAUCUAUAGGGCUCCCUCGUUUUGUUGAUAGGGAAAACAAGAAGUUCGAUUUUAAAAAGCUAUAUGAAGUAGUAAAAGUGGCAAUAAGAAAUCUAAAUAAAGUUAUUGACCGUGGAUAUUAUCCUAUUCCAGAAUGCAGGAGAUCUAAUCUGAGACAUAGGCCACUUGGUUUAGGAGUACAAGGUCUUGCAGAUUGUUUUAUGAUAUUGAGAUAUCCAUAUGAAUCUAAAGAUGCCAGGAAGCUAAAUAUUGAGAUAUUUGAGACAAUAUACUAUGCUGCUCUUGAUGCAAGUUGUGAGCUAGCAGAGAAGUAUGGUCCCUAUGAAACAUUUCAAGGCUCACCGGCUAGUAGAGGUCUGCUACAAUUUGAUCUCUGGAAUGUGCAACCCUCCUCAGGACUUUGGAACUGGGAUUUACUGAAGGAGAAAAUAGCUAAGUAUGGCCUUAGAAACUCGUUAUUGGUAGCUCCAAUGCCUACUGCAUCUACAUCUCAGCUACUAGGGAAUAAUGAAAGCUUUGAACCAUUUACCUCAAAUAUAUAUCAUAGGCGUGUAUUAUCUGGGGAGUUCUUUGUUGUGAAUCCUCAUUUGUUGAAUGACUUACUUGAAUUGGGACUAUGGGAUGAGAGGCUGAAACAGAAUAUCAUUGCUAACAAUGGAAGUGUUCAAAAUAUUGAGUCUAUUCCGCGAGAUAUUCGCGACCUGUACAAAACCGUCUGGGAAAUUAGACAAAAAGCAGUUAUUGAUAUGGCAGCAGAUAGAGGACCAUACAUUUGUCAAUCUCAGUCUCUAAAUAUUUAUAUUGCAAAUGCCAACUAUGCAAAGCUAUCUUCUAUGCACUUCUAUGGAUGGAAGAAGGGUUUAAAAACUGGUUCUUACUACUUAAGAACACAAAGCGCUGCGAAUCCUAUACAAUUCACUAUAGAUCAACAACUACUGAAGUCGACAGCAGAUAAGAAUAAGGAACAGGAUGCAAAGAGACCUGCAUUGCAGAAUAGCUCUCAAGGCGAUGGAAGGUCUGUUAUGGCAUGCCCUUUAAGACCAGCGAAUCUUCAAGGUGAGGAGUGUUUGAUGUGCUCAGGCUAA